UACGGCAGCGUGGUUCUGUCCCCUUUCCUCCCUUCUGUCCUUCACGGCGGCGCCGCUACCAGCUCAGCAGACAGACGCUCCCCUCAGCAGCGCAGACAUGGCCAAACUGAGCAAAGAGACCAAACAGCGGCUGCAGCAGGUCUUCCAGUGCGGGCAGUUCAUUAUUCGGUGGGGGUUCAUCCCCACUGUCCUUUACCUGGGAUUCAAACGGGGAGCAGAUCCUGGAAUGCCAGAACCCACAGUUCUCAGUUUGCUUUGGGGAUGAAGAGCAAUGAUGAAGAAACGCCUGCAGAAGAUCACAUCAUCUCAACAUGUCUUUUUGUCCCAGAGGCUUAGUUUCUGGACUGUUUAAGGAGACUCAUGCAUCACCUCUCGGAAAGCAAAAUUAUGCCUACAUACUUCCAUGAAGCUGUUUCAGCAAUGAUUUAGGCCUCCUAAACUCUUCUCCACACCACCUGUUAUUACAGAUUAUCAAGAACCAUGUCUGGAUCCUAUUUUUUUUGUUUGUUUUGUUUUUUUUUUUUAAUUUAAUUUUAUUUUAUACGAUGUCUGUAAGUUCAUUGUUCAUUUGUGAGCUGCAUUCUUUCUCAAGUUCUGUUUGUUUUCAUGAUAAAACAAAACAAACAGGUAUUUGAACUCAGUGAAUAAAACUUUAUUUAUCCUCA